GACACACUGGAUUUGAGCCAUGUUCCGCCGAAUCGUGAGCGCGUCCCGCGCGUCCAGCGGUGUCCAACGAACGUUCGCGACAGCUAAGCCAAAGAAAGCCGCGUCGGACCGACCAGCGAAGAGCGCCAAGUUCAAGACCACGUCGAAGAAGAACGAAAAGGGCAACGAUUCGGGCAAGUACGACGUGAUGCUGCGUGCACUGAAAGGACGCGAGCCCGAGGAGUACACGUGGUCAGAGGAAGAGAAGCGCGAGCACUUUGAAAUUGGUCGCACGUACAACAGAAUGACGUCGGUGCGCCACAACGAACUCAUGAAGGAUUUGCAGAUGAAGAUCAACCUGAAAUGGGCAGCGAUCAACGCGUUGCCGACCGACGAGUUGCGCAACGAAGCGCUCGUCGAAGACUUCUCGCUGGUCACCAACCGACGAGGGUUCCCCACGUGGACUCCCCCGAUCCCAGGGUUCAAACGAUUCCGCGAAGACUAAACAACCAGUAAACUAGACCCACGUGUUCCUUAUACAUACACAACCCCCCCCCCACCCCCCACCCCCGACCAAUUACCCCAUGCUGUCAGCAUCAUUCUUGACUAUGGGUACUGUACAAUUAUAUAUAUGUGUGUCUAUCUACUACUAGUAGUCUAGUCCCUACUACUAGUAGUCUAUCUACUAGUAGUGAUUAAUUCGUGGAUGGUUGUUUUUUGCCUGUGGCAUUUCGCUGGAUCACGAGCGACGCCAGCGCUUCUGUCUUCAUUUGUGCAAAU